UGGCGGGCUUAACUCUCCCCAUUAAAAUAUUUUGUAAUUCAAACGCUCUCUCUUUCUCGUGUUCGAGCUUACUAGGGUUUCGAGUUUCGGAUCUUGCAAUCUCCGGUGCAAGUGAGGGCGGUCCGGAAAUGAUUCGAGCUCUGAAUCUGCCGAGGUAGUUGGAAUCAGCUUCUCUUCUGCCAUAUCCGUCGAAUUUCCUGAAAUAUCUCGGAAUUUGGUUCUCUUGCUGAGUUUCUAGGGUUCUCUCUGGGUUCUGAUAAAUUGUUGGUAUUUCAGCGUUUUCGGGUGAGAUUAGAGGGGGGAGUGUUGUUUUCAGCUGGGAAUUGCUUGGGUUUGGGAGCUGGCGCGUGGUGCCUUAGAAAUGAAGUUAGGUUCUCCCGGAGUUUUCGUUGGAGGGUAGGAGAUGGGGUCAUGUCGCUGGACCGGUGGAGCUAGGUUUGUGUUGUUCUGGCGGGCUCGUCCGAAAAUUGGCGCGGUGAUUCUGCUGGAGUGAGGGUUGAAGUUUCCAGGGUUGUCGAAAAAUGUUUUAUUCUCAGUUCAUCUUGGCGAAGAAAGGUCCUCUGGGGACGAUAUGGAUUGCUGCUCAUUUGGAGAGGAAGCUGAGGAAGAAUCAGGUCGCAGAUACAGACAUCGGCGUCUCUGUAGAUUCAAUUCUUUUUCCUGAAGUGCCUAUAGCAUUGCGCUUGUCCAGCCAUCUACUACUUGGAGUAGUAAGGAUAUACUCCAGAAAAGUGAAUUAUCUAUUCCAUGACUGCAGUGAGGCUCUGGUUAAGAUUAAGCAGGCCUUUCGCUCCACCGCGGUUGACCUCCCACCUGAAGAAUCCACUGCACCAUAUCACUCCAUUACUCUUCCAGAAACAUUUGAUUUAGAUGAUUUUGAGCUGCCAGAUUUUGGAUUCUCUCAUGGUAACUAUGUUGACCACCAUAUUAGUGCAAGAGAGCAGAUCACCCUUCAGGAUACCAUGGAUGACAUGGUUUUCUCAACAUCACAGUUCGGAUUAGAUGAGAGGUUUGGAGAUGGUGAUGCUUCUCAACUUGCUCUUGAUUUUGAUGAGGACCUGUUCCUGGAUAAAGUUCAUUCACCCGUUCAUACGUCAGUUUUAUUAGGCUCAGAAGAUGAUGAGCAUGAGCAGGUGCAUGAUCCAAUAAAAGUGCCUGUUAGUUCUAUGGAGUUGGAUCAACAUCCAUGUGGAAGCUCUGGAAAUGCAGAAGGAACAGAGCAGUUCCCUUCCCUUGGUUGUGAUGUGCAGGCUGAUUUGAACCCUUUAGAUCCUGUUGGAAGAGAUGGUUCUGCUCAUGCCUUGGGUGUGCAGUCUCCAAAUCCAGAGCUGAUGAAGAAUGUUCCUUAUUCAGUGGUUCAAGAACAGGUUCUGGACCCUGAGGGAAAAGAGAUUACUUAUCCUACUGUUCAAAGUGCAUCUUCUAGUCAUAAUGAAGAGGAUAAUCCUUCUUCUUCUGCACAGGCACCUUGCACACCUGGUUUAACAGAAGAAGCAAUCCCUGCAAAUGUUCAGAAACUUACUAGCUUGGGCACCUUGAGAAGGAAUUCACUUUCAUAUGCUGAGGGAUCUGUUUCAGAGGUUUCUGACAAUACUAAGCAUGACAUUGAGGAAUCAGAAGAGAACCUUGGGAAUCCAAUCAAGGUGAAUAACAUGGAGACUGUACCACCACCUGGGCAUUUAGAGUGCAGUGAGGCUUUAACACCAAUAGAUCAUGUUUCAGUUGCUGUGAAAAGCUUGGAUACUGGUACCUAUGAUUCGUGCAGAUCCCCUAAUCACUUGCCUGUUGCUGCAACCACAGUUGAAUCUACUAGUUCCCAAGAUGCAAAAGAAAUAUCCAGAGAUUGUGCGGAUUGUUCUCCUCAGUGUGACAUGACCGCAGCUUCUGCUGAAAUCGAUGAUAGAAUAUGUGCUUGUGGUCAUGUACUGAGAAGAUGUAAUGUACACUGCCAGAUGGCUGAAACUUUGGCUUUGCAAGUUGGGCCUUCAGAAGAGGAGCAGACUUGCAUGGCAACCGAAGUGGUUGGUACUAGUGAAGAAGAUGUUUUGGAAAAGAAGAAGCCCCAUGAGGUUGCAACUGGAAACACAUUUGUUGAGGAUUCAGCACCAAACUGUGUUUCUUCAGAAUCUGCAGAAUUGCAUGAUAGGGAGAUGGAGAACACACUGGAGAAAACAUCAGAAACUCAGGAAUUGCAUGCUACUGAAACCCCAGAGCCGAAUAUUGCUUCACAGCAAAAGAUAGAUUCUACUUUAUCUGCAGAUGAAAUGUUGCUGAACAGCACAGAAAGUGGGCGUUUGGACGUUGCACAACCAACAGAGCUGCCAGAGGGUCCAUCUGACUAUCCACUGCCUGAGACAUUGUGUUCAGCCCCUGAGAUGUCAAAUGUGCCGGAAGAUUUAGUUGCUACUGAUUCCUGUUUGGUUGAUGAUUCCAUAGUAACUGGUAAAACGAAUGGUCAUUCUGGAGAGUCUGUUUUAGGGAAAAAGCGCAGUUUGAUGGACAGCACACCUGCGUUACCAGAUGGAUAUCCUUCUAAGAUGUCUAAGCCAUCCCAGUCUGGGAGAAAUGUGAAUUUUGUUCCUGAUGAUGAUGAUUUAUUGGCUUCAAUCUUAGUUGGGAGGAGAACACCUACAUUCAGAAUUAAGCCAACUCCGACUCCAGCUGAAACUAUGUCUUCCAGACGUCCUCGAGCAGCAGCUAGGUCAGCUGCUCAGAAACGAAAGGUGUUGUUGGACGACACAAUGGUCCUGCAUGGCGAUGCAAUACGACAACAGCUCUCAAGUACAGAAGAUAUUCGUAGAGUACGAAGGAAAGUGCCUUGUACCAUUCCUGAGAUAUGGAUGAUCGAGAAACUUGCAUCACUCGAUGAGAUGUUCAGCGAGUCAUUGUUGACUGGAGUAUGUCCAUUGCUUGCUUCUGUAUAUAGUAAAACCCAUUGUCUGAAUGGUGUUGGAGCUUCAUCUGUAAUACCAAUAAACACGGAUCCUGUGGAAAGUGGAGACCUUAUCAAGGAACCUAUUGUUCAAAAGGUAGAUGGACCUAUCAGAGAUUUCACUGAAAGUAACUGUCAAGUCCAGGAAUCCACAGUUACACUUGGAGGGGCUGAAGAUUCUUUGUUGCAUUCACAUGAAGAAGCUCUGCAAGGUCCAACUGAAAAUGGUGUCACAUCAGAAGCAGCUGUUCAGGAGAGUAGAGACAAUGAUCCUCUAAAGACUGACAGACUUUGUUCUGGACCAGCAGAAAGUGACAUGGUAGGACCUCCUGCAAGUGAAGGUCAGAUGCAGCAUAAUGUGGCAAAUGAUCUGAUAAAGAACCAUCCUGUAGUCAGUGUAGAUGGAAUCAGUCAAAUUGAUCCUUCUGAUUCUGAUAAGUUCAGUUCUAAUGUUGCCAGAGGUCAGCAAAAUGCUGGGGAAAACCAUUCUGAUUCUUGUCUGCAUAUGAAUGAUCAAGAUUUAGUACAACCCGCUGAUAAGAUAUUGGGGGUGCAUGACACAAACUUGGGUGGAUCAAGUUUGGUUGAGGAUGCACCUAUCAAAGAUGAUGUAUCAAUUAAAAAAUCAAAUGAAGAUAAACAUGGUCCAACAGAGAAUGGUGAGAACAAGGUCAUUGAAAAACAUGACCUCUUGGGUGAGGAAACAGAGGAAAUGGGUGCCAAUAUGGUUGAACUCACACAAAAAAGUUAUCUGGGAAGUGACCUUCAACUUCAAGGGCUUGAAAAUGGAAUUGCAUCACCUUCCAUGCCUACUAGUUGCCCUCAAUCAGAAUUUUCUGUGGACAAUGGAAAUGAAUUUUUCAAUUCAGUGGUUCCUGCUGGUACCAAUGAAGGGUGCAUGCUUGCUAAUGGUCAUGAUGAGUAUGCAUCAGAAAGAACUGAAGGUGACUCAGUUGUUUCAGCGGAAAAUGGAACUAUGACUAAACUGGUUGGUUUUGACAAGAAUACAUUUGAGGAUAAGGAUCAACAGGAUGCUGCAUUUUAUCCAUCUCCCCAGGCAGAGGGACAGCUCAUUCCUAUGCAUAUUGAAGAUGGCACAUAUCAUCUAAAUGGUGGAGAACCAGUACAAGAUAUCCAGCAUGUAAAUGAACCUGCUACUGAAGAUAUCUUUACCGAAAAAGGCAUGGAUGCAAACACAGUGGAGGAAUUUGGCUAUGGAUCUGAGGCAAAUAACAUAGAGUUUCUGAAUGUAGAUGAUGAACUAGAGCCUGAGGAAGAGGGAAUGGACGUUUCAACUGCUUCACAUGACCCAAUUGAGGAAAACAGUGGAUGGUCAAUAAGGACAAGGGGUGUUGCUAAAUACCUCAAAUCUUUGUUCGAGUCAAUCGAAUUAAACUCCAACAAGAUUGGGGUGGCAACUCAGAGAACAGUACCACUUGAUCGUCUUCUUGUUGGUAAAACUCGGAAGGAAGCAUCCAGGCUAUUCUUUGAGACACUGGUUUUGAACACCAAGGACUUUGUCCAUGUGGAUCAGGCGCGACCGUUUGAUAACAUUGAAGUUGGGCCAAAACUGAAGCUGAUGAAAUCAGAGUUCUGAAAGUGCCUCGUCUGACUGUAGUGUAACAUUCUGUGACAGCCUGUGUAACACUGAUUUUUUUUACCUAAAUAUAUGUCCUGCUUUUUUUUUUUUUAGUUGACACAUACUGCGGCAGUAGAUUGCCUUUGUAUUUAUUUCAGAUUCGUGCAAUGUAAAUAUAAUGUAAAAUAAGCCUUUCUCAUUUGAUAUGUUUCAUUUUCAAGAGUUUGCGCUCCA